AAAAGAAUAAUCAUGAAAAAUCAAAAUUAUCAAAAGAUUAUACGGAUGUUUCAUCGAUUCGUCCACCACCACCAAAACAACGACCACGAAUACCAUAUCAAACGAUAUUUAUUCCUGAUAAAAUUGAUAGCGUAUAUCUGGAUGAUUUACCAAUCGAUGCUAAAAUUAUUAAUUAUGAAGAAACAUCAUUCAUUUUCUCACCAUACAUUUAUCACAUUGAAUUGAAUCAUGGACAUUUCAAUUGGAUUAUUAAACGUCGUUUCAAUCAAUUUCGUCAACUACAUAAUCAAAUCCGGCUGUUCUAUACAAAAUUGGCCAUUCCAUUACCCACACAGAAUAGUAGACAGAAUCGUAAAAUUCUCGAAAGAAUGGGUGAAAUUGAAUGGCCAAAAUUUCCUGUUCUUCCUGAAAUGUUUUAUAUUGGCGACGGGAUAAGCCGUCGUAUUAAAAUUCUUGAAGAUUAUCUUCGUUUUCUGCUUGGCCAUUCACUGUUUCGUCAUCAUCCUUCAUUGCAAACAUUUCUGGCAAUCAGCCCAUAUUCAUUUAUCGAUGAACUUGGACUAAAAGGUGAAGAAGUUUUUGUGAAAAAACGUGCCGGUGGUUUUCGUUCAGCUACAUACUGUGUUCGUAUUGAAAAUUUUUUCACCGAUCUUACUGGCCAUUGGCGUAAACGAUGGCUAGUAGUGAAAGAUACUUGUCUAUUUUAUUUGGAACCAAAAGAUAAAAAAAUUCGUUAUGUAAUGUUAUUUGAUCCAGAUUUUUAUGCCGAUGCUGGUAUCAAAGAAACUGGUAUUACAUUCGGUUUACGUAUACGUAAUAUGUCCAGACAGCUAGUAAUGAAAUGUUUUUCAGCAAAAAGUGCAAAAGAAGUUGCCGAUUAUUUAAAUGAACAUUCACGUAUAUAUGCCAAAGAUUUUGUUCAACGUAAUCGUUUUGGUUCAUUUGUACCAGUGCGAAAAUCCAUUUAUAGCCAAUGGUUUGUUGAUGGUUGUGCAUAUUUCGAAGCAGUAUCCCAAGCUAUGGAAAUGGCAAAAGAAGAAAUUUUCAUCACUGAUUGGUGGUUAUCGCCGGAAAUUUAUUUACAACGUCCUAGUCUUGGAUUUGAUUGGCGUCUAGAUCGGUUAUUAUUGAAAAAAGCUUGUUCAGGUGUACGAAUAUUUAUAUUGUUGUAUAAAGAAAUGGAAAUCGGAAUCAGUAUCAGUUCAAUUUAUACGAAACGUACACUGAUGAAAAUGCAUGAAAAUAUUGCCGUAUUACGACAUCCAGAUGCUGUACGUGGUGGACCAUUAUUGUGGUCACAUCAUGAAAAAUUAGUGAUCAUUGAUCAACAGGUUGCAUUCGUUGGUGGUAUUGAUCUUUGUUUUGGUCGUUGGGAUAAUUUUGAACAUCGUCUCAUUGAUCAAGGUGGAAUUUUUUUCAAAGCACAACAACAUGACCUUAUCCGUAAUUCAACUAGACCUAAUGGUCUAAUGUAUCGUUCGAUAUCACAGCCAUUUCUGGCUGAUGCAAUUGCAGCAGCUGAUGAUAGUUCUCCCACUAAAGAAGCAGUUGUUAGUGGUGGUGGUGGUGGUAAAAUUCGAAAAAAACGUAAUGUAAAUACUAUUGGUGAUGAUAAACAAGAACUACCAAUAGUUAGAGUGAUUGAUGAUGAUUCCAUUGAAACAAGAUCUGUAGCUGAUGUUGAAGAGAUUCUCAUUGAAAAUGAUACAAAUCAACAAAAGCUGAUCGAUCAUCACAACAACAUCGACAUCAUCAACAAAAAUGAUUAUGAUGAAGUAGAUGAAGAACAACAAAUACGAAAAGUCAUAUCACAACAGACGAAAGGAAAUUUUUUCUCUAAAACCAGAAUAACCAGAAAAUUACGUGCAAAACAGACACGUGCAAUGGCACGUUUACGGCGGAUUAAAAAACGAAUUCGACGCCAUGUACGAACAGCUCAAGCCGAAGUACGAUCGAUCAUAUCAACGGAUGAGGAUAGUAAUGUGGAGAUUACACCGGAUUUUUUCAAACAAAGUAUACCACGUAUUCAAAAUGAAACUGAUAUUGCAUGUGAUGAAUUGGAAGGUGCAGCUAAACUAUGGAUCGGAAAAGAUUAUACGAAUUUUAUUGUCAAAGAUUUUACUCAUCUAAAUAUGCCAUUUCAAGAUUCAAUUGAUCGUAAUACUACACCAAGAAUGCCUUGGCAUGAUGUUUCAUGUGUCGUUAUCGGUGAUGCAGCACGUGAUGUUGCACGUCAUUUUAUUGAACGUUGGAAUCAUACAAAAUUUUCGAAAGCAAAAUUCAAAGACCGUUAUCCAUGGCUAAUACCGAAAACAUAUCGAAAAGAUUUAACAACAACGAAUGUCGAUGGUAAACCAAUGGAUCAAAUACCAGCUUAUCUGACACGUGUUCAUCGUGUUAAUUGUCAGACUAUACGUUCAGUUGGUUCAUGGUCUAUCGGUAUCCGACAGACGGAAGCAUCAAUUGUCGAUGCAUACAUUGAAGUGAUCAAUCAAGCUGAACAUUAUAUCUAUAUUGAAAAUCAAUUUUUUAUUUCACAAACAAAAACUCAUUUGGAAAGUACAGAUCUCGUUAAAAAUCGUAUAGCCGAAGCACUUUAUCGACGUAUAUUACGUGCAUUUCGUAAUGGCCAUACAUUUCGUGUAUUCAUACUCAUUCCAUUGUUACCAGCAUUCGAAGGUGAAGUUGGCACCAGUAGCGGUACAGCCAUUCAACAGAUUAUGCAUUAUAAUUAUUCAACAAUUGUCAAAGGAUAUGAUUCAUUAUUGGCGAAAUUAAGUUUGGAAAUUGAUGAUCCAAGUCAAUAUAUUGGAUUCUAUAGCCUUAGGAAUCAUACCAAAUUGAAUGGACGAUUGGUCACCGAAUUGAUCUAUAUUCAUAGUAAAAUUCUAAUAGCAGAUGAUAAAAUCAGUAUUAUUGGUUCGGCCAACAUAAAUGAUCGUUCAAUGUUGGGUUAUCGUGAUUCAGAAGUAUGUGUCAUUAUUGAAGAUCAAGAAUAUGAUUUUUAUUUUAUGAAUGAAAAACCAUAUAAAUCGGGAAAAUUUUCCGGUUCAUUAAGACGAAUGUUGAUGCGUGAACAUCUUGGUAUUUAUAAGGAAAACAAAGAAGAUAUGCUAAAAAUGACCGAUCUGGUUAAUGAUCCAAUUUCCGAUCAAUUCUGGAAUGAAAUCUGGAAUGCAAGAGCGAAAGAAAAUACAGAAAUCUAUGAACAAGUAUUCCCGGUUAUGCCUACGGAUGAUGUUCAAAAAUUAUCGGAUAUAAACACCUAUCUAGGAAGAGAAAAAUUAUAUAAAACCGAUGAAACAAAAGCUGAAGAGAUGCUUUCAUCGAUCAAAGGUCAUCUAGUCUUGUUACCAUUGCAAUUUCUUGCUGAAGAAAUACAAAUUAUUUAUAGUGCACAGGAUCGUUUCAUUCCGCAGAUUAUUUGGACAUGAAUUUUUAAUAUUUUUUUAUCAACUUUUCAUUAAAAUACUCAAAUCUUAAUCAUCA